AUAUAUAUAAAGAUUUGGGUGUGAGAUAUGUAUAUGAGGUUUCACAAUUCACACUCAUUCAGUCACAGUAACGGCGGAUUUACUCAAAACCCUAUUGUUGUCAUUUUGAGGGCUUCAAAACCCAGUUCGCGAAAACCAUUCCACUUUCAGAGUUGAAAGCAUAGCCAAAGAUGCAGUAGAAUCAUGACAAGAGGGUGGUUGCCAGUGUAGCCGAUCCCAAAGUUGAAAGCAUAGCCAAAGAUGCAGUAGAAUCAUGACAAGACAGUGGUAGCCAGUGUAACGAUCCCAAUGUGUUGUAUUUGACUAGGCUCAGUCCAUUGAACCGCCACUCUUAAUUACUGAACUAAAGAGGUGUUCAGAUUGGGAAGACUGCAGGUAUACCCGAGUGUCAUCAAGAUUGUUGAUGCUAGAGGAGUCAGUCUAGAAAACACAACUUGGUUGCUGGAUGAAGAUAAUUUCGAGUUUCAGUAGCCGCGUUUUACAAAUUCAACUUGCAUCCAGUGCAUGAUAUUUGUUAACCUUGUCCACAGGUGAAGUUUCUAUUUUGGGGACAAUUAGGAAUGUGCUGUUCCUGUAUGGCUUUCAUAAAAUCCUCAUGGUAUUCUAUCAUUGGCAUAUGCCCUCUUGAAAUUGAGUUUAACAGCAGACGAAGCCCAGCACUUAUAUGAUGGAACAAUCAAAAAACUAUAAUAAUGUUCAAUAUGAUUCUAUGGGAAGUGGAAAUGAGCAACUUGAAUCUACAUCUUGGGGGUUCUUGCCAGAUUCCACAAGCUACACAAAUGCCAAUAUGAAACCUCCAGAGCUCAAUGUUUCAGAAGCUAAACCUGUGCUUAAUUUCUCAAUACAGACAGGCGAGGAGUUCUCUCUUGAAUUUAUGCGUGAACGGGUGAAUCCUAGGAAACCAUUAGUUCCAAAUACAGCCAAUGAUCCCAGAUACAUGACAGGCUACAUGGACCUAAAAGGCAUUUUAGGCAUCUCCCAUACUGGGUCUGAAAGUGGAUCAGAUAUUUCAAUGCUCUCCGUAGUAGGAAAAGGUUCAAAAGAGUUUGAGCGGAAGAACUCUUCUUUAUAUGAAGACAGAAACAACUAUGGAUCCAUGCAAUCAGUACCUCGAACUUCAUCGGACUACAACAGUAAUCGAGGAAUUGUUCACGAGUAUGCCUCUUCUGGAGCAUCUGAUAGCUCAUCAACAAAGAUUAAGGUUCUAUGCAGCUUUGGCGGUAAAAUUCUACCCCGGCCAAGUGAUGGAAGGCUCAGAUAUGUAGGAGGUGAAACACGCAUAAUUCGUAUCGGCAAGGAUAUUACUUGGCAGGAGCUGUGGCGGAAAACAGUAACAGUUUACAACCAAACUCAUACAAUUAAAUAUCAGCUUCCAGGGGAGGAUCUUGAUGCCUUGGUUUCUGUGUCUUGUGAUGAGGAUCUGCAGAAUAUGAUGGAGGAAUGCAGUGUAUUAGAAGAUGGAGAAGGCUCGAAGAAACUUAGGAUGUUUCUGUUUUCCAUGAGCGAUUUGGAUGAUUCUCAAUAUGGUCUGGGUAGCACUGAUGGUGAUUCUGAGGUUCAGUAUGUAGUUGCUGUUAAUGGCAUGGACAUGGGAUCCAGAAAGAACUCAACUCUUCAUGGUCUAGCGAGCUCUUCAGGAAAUAAUUUAAAUGAGCUAGAAGGACAGAAUGUUGAGGGAAACACAGGUAGAGUUGCAUCUGAAUUUGUUGGAAUUGGUAGUUCUCCUUUGACUGGCUUUACCAUCUCAUCUUCGACAACUCAAUAUUCUCAACCGAUUCAACUAAGUUCCUCCAAUGCUUAUGAAAAUCAUCCACAGUUUUAUCGUGACCAGCUAAUGCAUCAUGGAGCAACUGAGCAGUAUGACUUGCACUAUGGCUAUGAUCCUCGGCUUUCUAAUCGCUCACCUUUUGGAGAAAGUUCUGUUCCACAGCCUGUUGAUGGACUUAUGACUCAUCAAGGUGGUGUCAAUGAAGGGCAACUGUCUAGUGGCCUAUAUGCACAUGAAACACAAAUGCAUGUAAAGGAGGUGAAGCUGCAAAAUGAUGGGUUGGUUCAGCAAGAGGUUGGACGUGAAAAUGUUCAACCCUCAGACAAGAAUAAAGAUUACCCUGUUCAGUCACAUCCAUACGAUGGUAAUGUGAUGGAUUAUUUUUCUGGUGAAGAAGCAUCAAUUGUUGUCCCCAGAGUGGAGGGGGAAUUCCCUUUAAAGUCUCCAAAGAAUGAGGGAAGGCACCAAGAAGCAGUGCAGAUCUCUUUGCCCCUUGGUGCUGUUAAUCCAGCACAGGUUCCUAAAUCUGAUGACAAUGAUUGUAAUGCCUCUAGCAGUGCAUUUGCUCCUGGAUAUACCAAUUCAGAGUCUGAUCCAAUUGAUUCAAGCUACCUUGAGCCUCCUGUGCCUGCUCAGAGGAUCUUUCAUUCUGAGCGAAUUCCCCGAGAGCAGGCAGAUUUGCGCAGGUUAACGAAGUCGGAUGAUUCGCUUGGUUCUCAGUUUCUCAUAAACCAUACUCAAUCUGAUGCUGCACAGCAGGAUUUUAUCUCAGAAUCUGGCGAGAAUUUACAGAAUGGAACUCCGGUUCUCCAGACUGAGCAGGCCAUCUCAACUGCAAAGCCAUUGCAUACAGAUCCUCAAAACAUUGCCGAUGGACUUCCACAACUUCAAAAGUUGAAGCAGGCAAUACUAAACCCUGUGGAUGAAAAAUAUGCGUUGAAUGAGGAUAAAGUUGUGAAGGGUGACCAUGGAGCAACCUCCACAAAAGAUAAUGAUAAGAACCUUCUGGUCGAUGCACCAUCAGGAACUGGAUCAAGAAUCCCUGUUGUGAGUCAAUUGGCUUCCGUGGAUCACAAUGAAGAUCAUGCACACAAUCUUGCUGAUCUUGAUUGGGGUGGCAGGUCUGAUGGUGAUUUUACUACCAAUAGAACUCCACCACAUGCUCAACCUUCUUCUUGGAUAGAGAGCUCAACUGGAGAUGUUUCUACUGGGAAAACCUUGGUUGGUACCAAAGCAGAGCAGGGAGACAUACUUAUUGAUAUUAAUGACCGAUUCCCUCGCGAUUUCCUUUCGGAUAUAUUCUCGAAAGCUAUACUCUCUGAGGAUUCUUCUGGGAAUAGUCCUUUGCAGAAAGAUGGAGCCGGCUUGAGCAUGAACAUAGAAAAUCUCGAACCUCAACAUUGGUCAUUUUUCCAGAAAUUGGCACGAGAUGAGUUUGCUCGAAAGGAUGUUUCUCUUAUUGACCAGGAUCACCUUGGUUUUUCAUCUGGACUACCAAAAGUUGAGGAAGAAGCUCCUAUGAGUUAUAAAUUUAUGCCAUCAAUGACUGAUGGAAUUACUUUGAGCCAUGUGGAUUCCCAAAUCUAUUUUGGUGAAGACAAUCAGAAAGAAUUGUCCGGUACAAUCGGAGCUGACACUAUAGCUGUGCCUUCAGAUUACAGUCCUUCAGUGAAAGAAAGUGAAGCUAUACAAUUUGAUGGUUUUGUAGAGAACCGACUACCAGAGUCAGAGUACGAGGAUGGCUUCAGGAAUGUAGGCCUACCUCCACUGGAUCCUUCUCUGGGAGAAUUCGAUCUCAGUAGCUUGCAGAUCAUAAAGAAUGAAGACCUUGAAGAGCUAAAGGAACUUGGUUCUGGAACAUUUGGGACUGUCUAUCAUGGAAAAUGGAGAGGAACAGAUGUUGCCAUUAAGCGAAUAAAAAAGAGCUGCUUCACCGGUCGGUCAUCUGAGCAAGAGAGAUUGACCAUAGAGUUCUGGCGGGAAGCUGAAAUUCUCUCAAAGCUUCACCAUCCAAAUGUGGUGGCAUUUUAUGGUGUAGUGCAAGAUGGACCAGGGGGAACAUUAGCUACUGUGGCAGAGUACAUGGUUGAUGGCUCUCUAAGGCAUGUUUUACUUCGCAAGGACAGGCAUCUUGAUCGUCGCAAGCGGCUCAUAAUAGCCAUGGAUGCAGCCUUUGGAAUGGAAUAUUUGCAUUCAAAGAAUAUUGUGCAUUUUGAUUUGAAAUGUGAUAACUUGCUAGUGAACUUGAAAGAUCCUUCACGACCCAUUUGCAAGGUAGCUGAUUUUGGCCUGUCAAAAAUCAAGCGGAACACUUUGGUUUCUGGUGGAGUUAGGGGGACCCUACCAUGGAUGGCUCCAGAACUGCUGAAUGGCAGCAGCAACAAGGUUUCUGAGAAGGUUGAUGUUUUCUCCUUCGGUAUUGUCUUAUGGGAGAUUCUCACUGGUGAGGAGCCUUAUGCCAACAUGCAUUAUGGUGCUAUUAUAGGGGGCAUUGUGAGCAACACGCUGAGGCCGUCCAUUCCGAGCUUCUGUGAUAUUGAAUGGAGAACGCUAAUGGAGCAAUGCUGGGCCCCAAAUCCUGCUGCCAGGCCAUCCUUCACAGAAAUUGCCAGUCGGCUACGUGUAAUGUCUUCUGCUGCCAUCCAAACCAAAACACACGUUCACAAGGCAUCUAACUAACAGGUUGAUGGAAACUUCUGGCUUCUUUUUUUUGCCACAAGAAGACGCGAUAAAUUUAUUCAUUCAAUUGUACCAAUGUAAAAGUAGUUCACUUAUAUUAGCAAUGGGGAUUAGUUGGAUCCAGUGAGUGUUCUUGAGAUGGAAGUAUGAAAUAACUUCCAGAUAACCUUUUGUUCUGAGAAUGAAUUCCAUGUACAAAACCUAAUUAAACUGUCAUUUAUCACUACUGCAAGGUUGUCCUUUUUUUAUUUAUUAUUAUUAUUAUUUUUUGUUGCAUAAAA